AUGAUGACCUUGACUGAGAACCCGGUUUUUGUCUUCGUGCCAGGCGCAUGGCACGUGGCAGAUACAUUCGACGUUGUGCGGGAUUUGAUGCAUAACCGUGGAUUUGUAACUAAAGCUAUCUCUACUCCAUCCGUCGGCGCAUGCACUCCAGAUAAGGGGCUGUAUGCGGAUAUUGAACAUACUCAUGCCGUUCUCAAGGAGAUGGUGGAAGCUGGUCGCCAGAUUGUGGUCGUGAACCAUUCCUAUGGCGGCAUAGUUGGUGCCGGGGCUGUCGAGGGCCUGGGGUACGCGCAGCGGUGUAAAGCCGGUCUACCUGGCGGCGUGAUCAUAGUAGUCUGGCUGGCUGCAUUUGUGACCCCUAAGGGCAAAACGGUAAUGGAUAUGCUGGGCGGAAACUUGGCUCCCUGGAUGAUUGUCAAGAGCCCCGAAGAUGGUUACUGCUGGUCCUCCGAACAAGAGACCGUGUUCUAUAAUGACAUGUCUCCGGAAGAGCAACAGAAGGCAAUUUCCAAAUUGAAGCCGCAUGCGCUCAAGGCCUUCCAUGAGCCGGCGACGCAUGAACCUUGGCAUGAGAUGCCUAGCAUGUAUCUGUUUUGCGACCGGGAUGCCGCUCUUCCGUUACACGCGCAAGAGAGCUUUGCUAAAACUUUGGGCAACCCAGUGACAUACCACGUCGAUGCGUCUCACUCGGCAUUCCUGAGCGUGCCGGAUAAGGUGAUUGAUGGGUUAGAGAUCGCGUUGAAGGCAGGUCAACAGCAGAGUGGAAUUGCUGUGAACUGA